AUGGAUUCCGGUCACCCUCUGGCUCCACCACCGUCGACCUGUACUUACGAAGAGUUACUUUUACGUUGUUCCGUUCUCGCCGAAGAAGAAAUGAGUUUACCUAGUUUAGAAAUCGAGGAUGUAGAAGACUAUCCAAGAAUAACAGAGAAUGGUGUUGCUUCUCUCUCUACGGCUGCCUUUCUCUCGAUGAUCGUUUGCUUUGCUACAAUAGAAGCAGAGAAGAGGGACUUUGCUGUGCCUGUAAGAAUCGUGGAUUCAUCGAAAGACUUGAACUCUUACGGGCUUGGGAAUGUUGACUGGAAAGAAAGGAUCCAAGGUUGGAAGCUGAAACAGGAGAAGAAUAUGUUACAGAUGAGUGGUAAAAUUCAUGAAGGGAAGGGAGGAGAGAUUGAAGGGACUGGUUCCAAUGGUGAAGAACUCCAAAUGGAUGGUGAUGCUCGGCUUCCUAUGAGCUGUGUGAUUACUAUUCCAUCCUCUCGCAUGACACCUUAUCGUAUUGUGAUAGUUUUCCGGCUCCUCAUUUUGGGAGUGUUCUUGCAUUAUCGUGUAACUCAUCCCGUGAAAGAUGCAUAUCCCCUGUGGUUGACCUCAGUUAUUUGUGAGAUCUGGUUUGCCUUUUCUUGGCUUCUUGAUCAGUUUCCAAAAUGGUGUCCCAUUAACAGGGAAACUUUUCUUGACAGGCUUGCUUUAAGUUUGGUUCUUACAACUUUAUGCUCCUCUCCAUCUUUCAUAACUAACCUUCUUCAUAGGGUAUACGUGUAUAGAAAGUUUCUAAAAUUUGAUAGCUCUUCAGAAAGCUUAAGCAAGGAUUGGUUUCGGAUGGACAUUCAAUACGGAAAGGAAAGAGCCUCUACCUGGUCCUCUUCAAGUUUGCAUGUUGCAUCAGCUCUUAUGGCAGAAGCUUUAGCUGUUAGAUCAGUUCUACUAAGCGCUAUUUCCCAAGUUUUCAGUCGGAUUCUCCUACAAUCGGACUCCCUCAACCUCAUCCGUGCUAUCAAGUCGGAUUUUCCCUUGUCGGAGAUUAUUGGAGUUUUAGCGGAUAUCGCUAUUUACUACUCUGCCUUUGUUUGUAUUGAUUUUAAGUUUACUUUAUCCCUAGAGCAGCAAAUGUUAUCGAUGACUCCUUAG